AUGCCGACAAAUAAGAAAAGUUUCAUUCCAUUUUGUCUUUUAUCGCCUUCACACCCCGAAUAUACUGUGUGUGCCGCAUACACGAAAGAUGGAGAACGCUGCAGCUCGAAGGUGUACGAUAUCAAUGGAAUCAACAAACUACACGCAGCGCUUCAUAACAGCUACAAGACUAUGAUUGAGGAUGAAACGAGAGAAGGUAUGUUAAAGAAGUUGGCCGAGCUUACCAUCUGCGGGCGGCAAAAAAGCAGAUCAGAAGGGAUCAUAGAAGCAGCCGUGCACCAGUGGAAUGCCGAGCUUCAGCCGCCAGUCAAUGCACAGUCGAACGAUGACAAGGGAAGUCCCAAGUUCGAAUUCACACCUUAUCAAACUGCCAAGAUCGACAAACUGGUCAGGGGUGAGCUCACCCAGGAACUUAAUCGGUUGAUAGACGGCAAGAUAAGUCAAAAAUUCAUUACCCACAAGUGGAAGAAGGAGAGAGAUUAUUUGUACAUCUUUGAGUGUGAAGAGGCGGAAGGCAUGUGCAAGUUGGGACACACUGAUAGCCCUUCGCGAAGGGCUAGUCAACAUGUGAAAUGUUAUCCGAAUUUUACGCAAGAAAGGUCCCUCUACUGUCCAAACUCGGAGGUAUUCGAAAGGGUAGUGCAGCUGGAGUUCGCUCGGCUUCGAUACAAGCAUGCAUGUCUGAAGUGCAACGCGACUCACACAGAAUGGUUUAAAGCUGAUCUCGAUGAAAUCUACCAACGUGCCAACGUUUGGUGCCAAUUUUCACAGGGCCUCCAGAGCCCCGAGAAGCGGUCCCAAGUGUCUAUUCCACUCUUCUUUGAGUUCCCUUCAGAUCCAGACAGAUGGUACAAAUGGGCUCAAGGAUAUGUUCAAUCAUGGGAUAACAAAUUGUCACCUUCUGAGCCAAAUACUACGAGCAAGUCCGUUGUCGACCAGGAUAUCGUGACUGUAGACGACGAUGCGGAAUCGAUACCUGGACUUUCUCCUUCAAGCUCUGCAUCUGGAACGCCUGAUGACGACUACAGCGACCCCCCAACCCCAACUCCAAUUGAACGCUCACGAAAGACAAAGCCAACUUCGAAACAGCGUUUGAUCAUACCGCCUGCAUCGCCGUCUGUGUCGUCCGAGGCCUACUGGACCCCCGUCGAGAGUAUGUCAACACCGAAAGGCCGUGUCCUCUUUCCUCGGGUCCCCGGCGAAUAUCCUGUCUCUCCAGUGAACAUUGUGCCGGAGAAAACCAAGGAGGAUGCGAAUGGAUUGACGGAUAUCUUUGAGAACCUUAAGCUUUUUUGA